CGUCCCAACCCACCAAACUCAGAGCAUUCCGCCGAUCCACCACCGCCGCCGCCAACACCACACCUCGAGAGUCCUCGCCGCCGGAGAAGCAGGCAAGCGAGAUGGCCGGGAGGAAGGGCGGCGAGAGGAAGAAGUCGGUGACCCGGUCCGUGAAGGCCGGGCUCCAGUUCCCCGUCGGCCGCAUCGGGCGCUUCCUCAAGAAGGGCCGCUACGCGCAGCGCGUCGGCUCCGGCGCCCCCGUCUACCUCGCCGCCGUCCUCGAGUACCUCGCCGCCGAGGUCCUGGAGCUGGCCGGCAACGCGGCCAAGGACAACAAGAAGACCCGCAUCGUGCCGCGGCACCUGCUGCUGGCCGUCCGCAACGACCAGGAGCUCGGCAGGCUGCUCGCCGGCGUCACCAUCGCCCACGGCGGCGUGAUCCCCAACAUCAACCCCGUGCUGCUCCCCAAGAAGUCCGCCGCCGCCGCCGAGAAGGAGGCCACCAAGUCGCCCAAGAAGAAGGCCGCCGCCAAGUCCCCCAAGAAGAAGCCCGCCGCCGCCAAGGAGUAGCCUGGCCUACUACGCCGAGGGACCGUGUCGUGUUGCCUAGUUCCAUGUCUUUUGGUUAGCUGGAUCUUGUAUGUAGCGCCUGGUCUGGAGUUGCAAGCUGGUAGUAGUCUGUAGUGUAGUGGCCCUUUCAUCAGAUCUCGAUGAGCAAGGCUGGCAUGGCAUUGUGUCUGUGAUUUACUUUCUGGGAAUGGCUAAAGAAAGAUGCAAUCCUUUCAAUCUUAAUAAUUCUCUUGUGGAUCAAUGGCUGAAAUCAAUCUUAUGAAUCUUUGUCA